CACAAUUUAUUGACUAAUCGGCGCGACGAACAACCCGUAUCCAAUAAGUUAUUUGUUUCCAUUAAAUUCUAGCAGCCAAAAUCGUCACGAGUGCCGAAAAAGGCAACAGAAGAUCGAAAUUCCGAAUUCCAAAUAUUAACCAAAACCCAAAAGAAUCAGUGGGUUCCGAUUUUCUUCCUCCGAUUCGGAAAAUACGUGCGUGAUAAAUCAAGAAAUUUGAAGGAAUAUAUAUAUAUAUAUAUAUAUAUAUUUUUUUUUAAUUCACAUCCCAUUUUCUUCCUUCCACUUGUCGUCUCAGAUCGGAUCCAUUCAUCUUCUCACUCCCACAGUUCAAACUUCGAGGUUAGUUUUUGAGGGCGUGGUGGAUGGGGAUUCAGACGAUGGGUUCUCAAUUGAAUGGCCAACAGUCUCAUUUACAGCCAUCUCCAUUGAUAAGACAAAACUCAUGGUACAGUCUUACUCUAGAUGAGGUGAACAAUCAGUUAGGUGAAAUGGGAAAGCCAAUAGGCAGCAUGAACCUUGAUGAGCUUCUUCAUAACAUCUGGACUGCUGAAGCUAACCAAUUCAUUGGAAUGGAGAAUGAAAGUUCAUCUUCGGUAUCGUCUCUCCAACGUCAGGCCAGUUUCACGCUGGCUAGAGCGUUUAGUGGGAAGACUGUUGAUGAUGUAUGGAGGGCAAUUCAACAAGGGCAGAAGAAACGGUAUGGGGAAGAUUUGAGAAGUCAGAAUAGUGAGGUUACACCUGGUGAUAUGACUUUGGAGGAUUUUUUGGUACAAGCAGGGCUUUUUGCUGAGGCUUCUCCGACUGCUACUAUGGGCUUGGUUGCCAUUGAUGCUAUGGCACAGCAGAAUUUUUCGCAGAAAAUGUGCCUGCUGUCAUCAUCUCCUUCAUUAGGCACACUGUCAGAUACAACGACGCCGAAAUGGAAAAGGGAUCCAUCAGAUACCCUUGAGAAGACUAUGGACCGGAGGUUAAAGAGAAAAAUCAAGAACAGGGAGUCUGCUGCACGCUCUCGAGCUAGAAAGCAGGCCUACCAUAACGAAUUGGUGAACAAGGUUUCACGCCUUGAAGAGGAGAAUGUAAAGCUCAAGAAAGAGAAGGAAUUCGAGAACAUGGUGCAAAUGGAACAAACCUCAGAACCGAAAUAUCAGCUGCGGAGAACUAGUUCAGCAUCCUUCUAAGGUAUUGGUUUGGGUGUGUUGAGAGGACUGGACUGGGUAUAUAAUGGAGUCAGCUGAAUCUGUUUUUGUGGGUCCAAUGCUGAAUAGAGUUUGGUUACUACAUCACAUCACAUCAUAUGUACAUUAUUUAUUGAUCCAUAUCUAAUUUUCAGUUAUAGAGGCAGCAAAAA